AGCCCCGGGACCUCCGGGCCUCGCUGGCGAUCGGUGCCGCGCGGUGGGGAGAGCGGCAGCCGCGCACGGGGAGCCCCGGCCCCACGGCAGCUCCACGCGGUCCGCGGCGGGGGAGCGCUCGGCACCUCCCGAAGUACUUCGUGCCGCGGGACAGGCCCGGCCCCGCGGCGGGUCUCGGGCACGUACCGGAGGGAGCGCAGUGCCACCGAAACCCCUCGGCCCUGCAGGAUGUCCCAACCACCCUCCUUUACCCUCCACGUCUCCGAGGACACCGGGAGUGAUGGCGAGGAGCCGAGCCCAGACAAUGAAGGAGCCCUGCACACCUCCUUCCACCAGCUUAUCCAGGAGCAGAGCAGCUUGAUGGAGGCAGGUCUGGAGCUGGAGAUGCAGGACAGGGGCAGAGAGCCUUUGGCCUGUCAGGUUACCCCAGACGCCGGUGCCACAGCCUGGCCAGAGCCCGGGCAGGGCGAGCAGCACCCCGGGUACUCCUCUGCUUCCCUGCGGAUCCUUGCCAGCAUGCCCAGCCGCACCAUCGGACGCAGCCGCGGGGCCAUCAUAUCCCAGUACUACAACCGCACGGCACGGCUGCGGCGCCGGAGCAGCCGCCCGCCCCUGCAGCAGCUCUGCCGUGCAGCGCGGCCCAGCCUGCGGCUGUACGACCUGGAGACCGACCCCGCCACGGCCACACUGCAGGACAAGCGGAGCCUGCUGGUGAAUGAGCUGCUGAGCCUCUCGCCCAGCCACCGCAGCCACAUGCUGCUGACUGUGCCCCUGUGCCUGGCAGAGAAACGCGCCCUCCGGCAGGAGCUGAGCGGGCAGAGGGGGCCCCCGAGGCACCGUGCCCAGCACCAGGAGCCGUCUCCCUGCGGAGGGUCCAAGGACCACAUCAUCCUCUGCUGCCGCAGGCUCUGGUACAGGCUCCUGUCCCUGCUUCCCGCCGCGCAGCCCUGGCACUACGCACUGAAGCAGAUUGGUGGCCGCUUCGGCUCCAGUGUCCUCUCCUACUUCCUCUUCCUCAAGACGCUCUUUAUGUUCAACAUCAUCUCAUUCCUCAUCCUCCUGGUCUUUGUGGUGGCCCUGCAGGCUGCGUAUCCCCCUGCCUCAGCCAACCCCCAGCCCUUCACUGGCUUUGAGCUCCUCACAGGAGCGGGCUACUUCACUCACUCGCUGCUCUACUACGGCUACUACAGCAACACCACCCUCAACAGCCCCUGCGCCUCCAGCCCCAGCACAUGCCCCCUCGCAGCACCCCCGCUCCCAUACAACAUGCCCCUGGCCUACAUGUCCAGUGUUGGGGUCUCCUUCCUCAUCACCUGUGUCCUGCUGGUGUACAGCAUGUCCCGCUCCUUCGGGGAGAGCUACCGUGUAGGCAGCUCCUCACGGGACCUGCCUGUCAAAGUGUUCUGUGCCUGGGACUUCAAGGUGGUCCAGAGGCGCUCAGUGAAGCUGCAGUGUGAGAACAUCUGCACCCUGCUGAAGGAGCUGCUGGCGGAGCAGCGCUCCCGCUCCUGCUCCCGGAGCCUGUGGCAGCGCCUGGGCCGCGGCGCGGUGCUGCUCCUGGCCUGGCUGCUGUCGCUGAGCACGGUGCUGGGCUGCGCCGUGGCUGUGCACCGCUUCUCGCAGCACAUGCACGUAGUCCAGCAGGACCACCGGGCACGGGGCGGGGGGCAGCGGCAGCAGGAAACCCUCCUGCUGGCCCUGCCGCUCGUGGUGUCCGGGCUCAACGCGGUGAUGCCCCAUGUGUACAACCUGCUGGGAGCGUGGGAGAGGCAGGACUACCCCGGGGCUCAGGUCUACGUGGCCGUCUGCAGGAACCUCAUUCUGAAGAUGGUCCUGCUUGGUCUGCUCUGCUACCAGUGGCUCAGCCGGAGGGUUGUCUGCUCAAUGGAGGAGUGCUGGGAGACGUGUGUGGGGCAGGACCUGUAUCGCUUUGUGGUGAUGGACUUUGUAUUCACGCUGCUGGACACACUCCUCGGGGAGCUGGUGUGGAGGCUCGUCUUGGAGAAGAGGCUGAAGAGGAACCAGAAGCCCGAGUUUGACAUCGCACGGAACGUGCUGGAGCUGAUCUACGGCCAGACCCUGACCUGGAUGGGUGUUCUCUUUGCACCGCUCCUGCCGGCCGUGCAGGUCCUGAAGCUGCUGCUGCUGUUCUACAUCAAAAAGACCAGCCUGGUGCACAACUGCCAGUCCCCUAGCAAGCCCUGGCAAGCGUCUCACAUGAGCACCGUGUUCAUCACCCUGCUCUGCUUCCCAUCUUUCCUGGGUGCAGCCAUCUUCCUCUUGUACACCAUCUGGUCGGUGCAGCCGUCAGAAACCUGUGGCCCCUUCCAGGGGCUGGAAACCAUCUACAAGUCCUGGCAGGCCUGGGGGCAAGUGCUGGAGAAGUCCAACCCCAACAUCACCUGGUUCACCUGGGCCCACCAGCACCUGGUGGAAAACCCAUUCCUCCCAUUCUUCAUCUCCGGGGUCCUGCUAGCCGGGACCUACUUCAACAUCCAGGUCCUGAGAGGGCAGCGCAGGAUCAUCCGCCUGCUGAAGGAGCAGAUCGCCAACGAAGGGGAAGACAAAGUAUUUCUCAUUCAGAAGCUUCACUCUGUGUACGAGCAGAGGGGGAGACGCGCCUGAGCCCCGGGUGAGCCCUGCACGAGCAGGACAGGGACUGCCAGGGCUCUCAGCUGGGCACGUGGGCAU